CACUCGGCAGCCUCCAGCAUAUGCAUGCUGUGGACUUUGGAAAACCCAUUUGGCAUUUGCAGACCUGUUCUGUUGGAUCCACCCAACCAAAUUAGAUUCAUAGGCCUCAGCAUGAGGCUGCAAUGGGCCGGCUUUUUCCUGGAGGCUUACCUGACGCUGGCGGCCGCCAUGUAUAUCGAUCUGGGCGAGCAGGAGGAGCGAUGCAUCAUCGAGGAGAUUCCCGAGGGCAUGCUGGUGACGGGACAUUUCCUGUUGCAGCCCUGGGACUUGAAGUCAUCCACGCACUCACCUCACCUUGGCGUGACUGUGACGGUCCGGGACCCCAACCAUGAGGUUUUGAUGAGCAAGCGCUACGGCAUCUUUGCAAAAUUCACCUUCACGGCGCACGCGUCUGGUCAGCACUUCCUCUGCUUCCAAACCAACUCCACCAGUUUCUCCGUCUUUGCUGGAGAACGUCUGAAGUUACAUUUGGAUGUUCAGAUAGGUGAGCAUGUGAUGAAUCCGAAAGCCGAUGGAACCAAGGACAACCUGAAGAUCCUGGAAUACGGCCUGCAACAUCUCAUUGAUCAGAUGGUGUAUAUUACCAAGCAGCAGGAUUACCAGCGGGAAAAGGAGGAGGCCUUCCGGCAGAUCAGUGAGGACACACACAGUACCGUGCUGUGGUGGGCCAUGGUGCAGACCUUCCUCCUGCUUUCGGUCGGUUUCUGGCAGAUGAAGCGGCUCAAAGAUUUCUUUAUCGCCAAGAAGCUCGUCUGAUCACCACCUGCCAAUCAUGGGAAUAUCACUUGUUGUCAUUUAGUUCUAGUACAUUAAGGCCAUGAUGAUUUGUUUUGGAUUUAGAACUCUCAUCGACAGCUGUAUUAUCACUUGUGAGUCAGCAUUUCAUCACCAAACCACCAAAAUAAACAUGUCAAUCAGUGUA